UAUAAAACCAACAACAUCAUAUUUCAGGCUUGUAAUAAUUUUGUAGAAAUAUUGUAAAGAAUUUUUGUAACCAAAUCAAUAGCAUGGAUUCUAUUUUCGAUUUUGAGGAAAUAUCCAGUUCUUUCAUCGAUCAGUACUACGGCCUUUUCGAUGAUCCUGACAAGCGAGAGGAAUUGUCCAAUUUCUAUAACUCUUCUAGCUCUUUGCUGAGCUUUCAGGGCGAACAGAUUCCCGGUCCAAGAAUUAGUGAUAAGUUUUAUAGUCUGCCGAAUCAACGGAUCAAGCGUAUUGUCAGAUCAAUGGACGCGCAACCCGUCGGCGAUGAUAGAAUACUGAUCCACGUCCACGGGGUCUUGCAGUGCGAGGAGGACUUGCCCCAAAACUUUUCUCAGGUCUUCUUGCUUCAGAGCGGUGAGCAUGGCUAUUUCAUAGCCCACGAUAUUUUCCGAACUCAAGUUAUCUAAAGAUGAGUAAAGUUGGGCAGUGAAGAUUGGGCAAUAUUUCCAAGUU